AGGCUAGCUUUCGUUCACCCGCCUCUCAAGUAGGACAUGCCCAUGGCGUGACGGCUUGAGCGAUGGGCAUCUUGCCCCCCUUCUACACGGCGCGCUACGUGGAAAUCCACAGCUCUACCUUGAGCUGCCUCUGGCUGCUGGGAGGCGCGGGGGUGGUGUUGUGGACGCUGCUGGUGUCGCUGCUGGGGCACCACUCCUACGUGGAGCGGCAUGCGCCCACGGUGGAUGUGGCCUUCUGGCAGGACGCCUCGGUGGACGGGACCUGGUGGCCCCAACUCACCACGCCCUCCGAGUACUGCGGCAUGAGCUUCGCGGCGCGGUAUGGUGGGGACAUGACGUGGGGCAGCCACAGCAUCAACUGCACCCGGCCAGAGGAUGAGCUCAGCCAGGUGUUCUACGCCAGUUCCAAUGAGGUGAAAGUGGCGCUGUCGAUCGCGGAGGGCUCGAACCCCCAGUACAACACCAGCCAGGUGAGCCUCUACGAAGGCAUGGAGAAGUCCAGCCUCACCUUCGAGGUCUCCUUCUCCACAGUGCGGGAAACCGUGUCCCACGUUCCCUUCUGCCAAGCCUUCGGGGUGGCCACUUCAGAGUUCCCGGAGGGCGUGCCCAUCCCCUCCCGGUACGAGGACCUGGUGCCCGAUGCCAUCUACGGGCCUGGGUACUUGACGCUCUCGGUGGAGGACGUGGUGAGGGCGGCGGGGCGGGCGCUGGAGGACGAGGGCAGCGAGAAGGCGCCCUUGAGGCUGGCGGGCCUGGAGAUCGUGGCGCGGGUGGAGGUGAGGAACUAUGUGCCCUACCGCUGGCCGCUGUCGGCCUGGAACCCACUAGGCCUCCGCAGGGCGGAGGACUUGGAGUGCUCUGUGAGGUUCCGGGUGCUCAGGGACCAGUUCACCCCCAUCCAGUGGUUCUACGAGGGCAAGGCCCCUGUGGCUCUGCAGCACGGGCUGCGCUUGGCGGUGGUCGGCACUGGCAGCGUGGGCUACUUCAGCCUGGCCCAGCUGGCCACGCAGAUCCUUCUGAGCUUCACGGCCUUCGGCCUGGCGCAGACCUGCCUGGACUACGGCUGGUACUACGUGCACCGGCAGUCCACCACCAUCGCGACCCGGGCCUUUGACCGCCUGGACCUGCAGCGGCCCAAGGUGGACUGAGUGCUCCGAAGAAAAACACGGCACCGUUUCGUUGUGCUCCUGGAGAGCGGGGAGAAGACCGCCGGUGUUGCAAAACCCGACGGCCUGCUUCCCCGCGCAGAUCCGGCCCGAGACUCGCAGCGAAGCGAGUCUGACGUGGAGCGAGUCCGAAGCUGGCCGGGCGGAACGGCGGCGGCGGAAGAAGAACCGUCCG